AACGAGCCAUCAGUUUCUAUGACUACGAUGAGCACAACAUUAUCUCGCUGCAUCUUGCAAUUACUCGUCAACUAACGUAACUGAUACAUCCUCGAUCUUCGCAGCCUCCCAAUCAGCCCGCAUCCUUCAACUGUCGCCUAACGUUCCAUCUAACUUUCCAAGGAAUGGAAUUCGAGAAAGGCAGUUCCGCCAAGAUCGGGGAGCGUCCGAUCACCCGCUGGCGGCGUGACCAGGAAGAAGCCGGCCCGUCAAGCAAGGUAGACAGACCACCGACGGGCAUCGUGAGGCCUCAGAGCAAGUACGAGCGACCAAGGUCGCGCCGGGGUCACAAGGAUGGGGAAACGAUGGAGUACGCGAGUUCCGCUACGUUCCGCACGGCAACUCCCGGACGCUUCGCCCUGGCGAGGCCGCCGUCGGCGUCCAUGACGUCCGGUCGAGCACCAACCGCUGGUCCGGGACUCACCAGGAUAGGCUCCGCCCUGGCACGCACCGGUACCGGACUGGCGACUGCCAAGCCGUUCAGUGUUAACAUGCUGGACAGACCGAUCACGCAGCACGGCAUCGCCGGCGUGCGACCGGGCACCACGAAAGGUCUGCCGAUGAGGCAGAUACAGGACAAGAGGUACUACGAGGGUCUGUUGCAGCUGAAGCUAAGGGAAUUGACGCAGGAGGUCGGGACGAUAAUGAAGGACAUCGAUGUGCAGAAUAAGGAAAAGACUACCUAUAUACACUACGACAAGAGAGCGAAGAGUCUGGCCGCGGAAUUGACGACUCUACAAGCCGAGUUGGCGGAUUACAAUCUCGUGGUGGACAAGAUGACCCUGGACGUCGACAAGGAGGUGAUCGAGCAGGAGGCUAAGGAGCUGGCGUUGAUGAACGAGCACAAAACGGCGGAAGUCGAGCGGAUGUUCGAGCAACGCAAGCAGAUGGAGCAGAAGCUGAACAAGAUGCAGAAGGACAUCGAGAAUGAGAGGAAGAGGACCGAGCACAUCAUCGAGAGCAUGGACCCGCAUACGAAGGAGAAGUACGACGAACUGUUCCGGCAAAAGACUGAACUGCAGGAGCAGGCGCAACAGAUGCAGCGCGAAUUGGACCAGUUGUCGAAGGAGCAGGCGCACUUGGAGGAGCAAAUUGCGCUGUCGCAGCUGAAGCAAGAAGCGGUGAAGCUGCAAGUGAGGAUUAUCGAGGCGGAGGAGAAGCGAGAUCGGCUGCGAGAGGAGGAGCGCAAGCGGUUGUCUCCGGAAGACGAGAAGGAGCAGCUUCUGCAAAGAAUUAAGUGCGACAACUCCGACAUCGCCGCGACAGAGGCGCAGAUAGCUGAGAAAGAAAGGAAGAUGACAGAAGUGGAACAGCAACUGGAGCAGUUGGAGGCCGACAUCGAAGACAAUCGAUCGGAGAAGCAGGUCAAGUACCAGGAGCUACGUAAGCGCGAGGAGAUGAUGGAGGAAUUCAUGUCCACGUACGAGCACAAUAAGCAGGAGGAGAUGAAGAAGCUGGAGAAACUCGAAGGAGAAAUCGUCGAUAAGCUGGAGGCCGUGGCGAAUGCGGUAGAGAACAACGAGUAUCUCACGGAGGCCGAGGAGGCAGCCAUUCUACGUGAUAAAUUACCGUACAACGAUUACGAGAUGACGCAUCGCGAGAAUGACUUCGAGGAGCUGAAGAAGGACUACGCAGCCAUGCAACAGAUGUUCAACAGGUUGAGAAUUUUGGAGGAGAAGCUGCACGUAGAGUCUAAGCAGUUGAAAGAAAAGCUGAAGAAGCAGCAGAGCGAGCUGAUUACGCUGGAGGAUCUGGACGGCCUGAAAACGCGAAACGAACUUGAGCGAGAUGAGCUAAUGGCCGAACGCGAAGGACUGGUGUCUCAGGAAUCGGUUUGCGGGGACGAGCUCAAGUCCUUGCGUGCAGAGCAUAACGAGCUGAAGGAACAACUUGCAAAGUACGCGAUGUAUCCGGAGAUCAGUAAUCUGGAAAAUAAACUGGAGAAGCUAAAAGAAGAUAAUAACAAAAUCGAGGAGUUCAUAGCUAAAGAAAAAGCCCGCGUCAAUUACGAGCCACUCAAGGAGAAAGCUUUUAAAAUGAUCAACGAUUACAGUGCAUUGCUUCAAGAAAACUUAAAGUCUGUUUACUAGGAAAUGGUUUGUCUAUCUCCUUUUGAGGUAACAGUAUUUUAUUUUUUUAAAAACGGUAACAAUUCGAGCACGAGACAACCACGAGCGAGCAAUAAAAUGAUAAAAAUUCUCACACA